AUGCCCACCCACCCCGACGCCAACAUCCGUCCCGAGGCAACGGGCCCAGCAAAAAGACUGGUCGAGCAGCAUGCGGCCGAGCAGCCGCUGAAGCUGUAUGCGGGGUGGUUUUGUCCAAAGAAAGAGAUGUUUAUUCCUGAGGACCAUGUCUCCAGCAUUCGUUCCAUACUGACAGAUCGAAAAUGCAACGAACAGCUUCGGCCACGGCUUCUCCCCGACGAUCCGUACGAGCGCGCCCGCGCCCGUAUAUGGAUUGACUAUGUCACGUCGCGCAUCAUCCCGGCUUUUCACCGUUUCCUGCAGUAUCAGCCUCCUGAGGGCGCGUCAGAGGAUGCAGCCGCAGAAGGACUCGCCAAAGUCCGCAGCGAGUUCCUAGGCCAUCUGAAAGAAUGGACCAGGGCAAUGGAUCCCGAGGGGCCGUAUUUCCUGGGGAAGGAUCUCUCUUUGCCGGAUGUGGCGCUGGCGCCGUGGGCGAUCCGGCUCUGGGUGUUUGACGAGUUUAAGAGUGGAGGACUGGGUAUCCCGGUCGAAGGGAGUGCAGGCGAGGACGAGCCCGUCUGGCAGAGAUGGCGCAGGUGGUUGACGGCGAUUGAGUCGAGGCGCAGCGUCCAGGAGACGACGAGCGAGAAGCAGUACUACCUGCCUAUCUACAAGCGGUAUGCUGAUAAUGUUGCCCAGAGCGAGUUGGCUAAGGCUAUCCGAGCGGGGAGAGGAUAUACAUGUACAUACAUACAUACAACUGGUAUCAUUGUUCUUUGGUGUCUAUGUGGAGGUGUAUGCGUAUUUCACGCCUUGCCCCCAUACUUCUUGAUCAGCUUCUGCAUGAUCGACACUGCUCCGGAGCGGUAUCCUCCGCCAAAGAUGGCAUGGUGA